CGGGGAUGAGGGUUGUUCAUGCUGAGUGCUGACGUAAGUUGAGCCUCGCGCAAGUUAGGUUUGCAAGCUCCAAUCGCUCCGCAACCGCACUUGCUCCAAGACUCCAAUACGAGUCGAGUAGUCGCCGUGAAUGCCUGUGCCGUACGGCGCUGUUACCGACACGUUUACUAAUUCGCAUCUCGCGCACCAAUACGCGGAAACUAUCACUUUCGCUAGUUACAUUCUUGUUUGAACCAUGAUGACGCAGUGAAAUUUAUCUUGUGCAUUUCCCUGGCAUCUCUACCACGGCGGCAUUGCAAGAGAAAAAAAUGCCUCAGUGGGCAAGCGCUGAAGGCGGUGGUUCAGAAGCGGCGUCUCCCGACCAAAUGAUGCUGUGCUAUGACAACGGCGCUUCCGAGUAUUAUGAUAGCAAACAAGAGGACGCAGAUAUAAAAAUCGAACAAGCUGAUUUCUACGAUAGUGGCAGUGGUAGUGAUGAGCAAGUUCCUCGUCGGGUGUGCAGGCCUCGACGGACACCAGCGAGCUCCUCGUCGUCGGGAACCACAAGCGGUUCCAGCGGACCCGGUCGCCGACGCCGCUGCGGUAUAUCCGCCCGUGAACGUAAUUUGCGUAGAUUAGAAAGCAAUGAACGGGAACGAAUGCGGAUGCAUUCGCUAAAUCGUGCGUUUGAGGAUCUUCGUCGUGUUAUUCCUCAUGUUAAAAAAGACAACCGAAGUCUGUCGAAGAUAGAAACAUUAACCCUUGCCAAAAAUUAUGUGAAAGCCCUGACAAAUGCCAUAUGCACCAUGAGGGGUGAAGUUCCUCGAUAUUUAUUUAACAGCGAUGACGAGAAUGUAGAGCCGGUUUUCGUUCUAAGCCGGGAGCAAGAACAUAACAAUAACUUGCCAAACGACCAUGAUAGGGAAGACCCCUCGCCGGUACCAAGUGGAUGCCUUUGACAACGCAAUGAUUCGUAAACUGCGGGCCCACAAACUAUAUCAGCAUGCAUGGACAGGAACUCGAAUACACGAGAGCAGUUCAGCGAAGAAAAAUAUAUAGAGAUAACGUUAAAUAAUGUUAAUUCUAAAUAUUUUUCCUUUCAUGCUCCUAAAGUCAAUCCUACGACUACCUGGCAAUGAAUGGACAUCGAGACAGAACAAACAUGCUAUAUUACCUAGUCGUAGAUUAACUUGCAUGAAACAAUUAUUUAUGACGUUAAAAAUAAUGACGCUAUUUAAGAAAAAAUACAAAAAAAAUUAAAUAAUUGGUUACUAUUGUACCUGCAAUACCAAAACUGAAUUAUAGAUAAAAAAUGACAAGAGGUUUCGUGGAAUAGCUUAAAAAACAAAGAUAAUAGUAUAUUGUAACGGUAAUAAUUUGCAAAUACGGUUUUUGUGUGUACCUAAAUUGCAAAUUCAUAUUAAAUUUCAGUUUUCAUUAUGUAAUAAAAACUGCGAAACCAGCUUGAAUGAAAAGAAAAUACAUAUUUAUUAUAUGAAGUCGAUUCCGAAAUUAUAUUUUUUGUUUUCCAUUGGCAAUCGCUUUUUCAGUAUAACAUUCCGCUUAUAUUUAUACUGCCAGUACCUACUAUGGCUACAGCGCUGAAUGCUACACAGAUUAUAAUAACGGAAUAAUUAUUGAAUUUUGAAGAUUUCAUAUUUUUGGCGUUGGGUCCCAAUAUUUCUGUCUAAAAAACCUAUUAAUUAAAUUGUCUCUCUACUGAUUACCUUGUAAAAUUAAAUUAUUCCAAGCUACAAAGAUCUCUCUCUCUCGCGAGGUGCCAAUUAUAUGUUUUAAGUGAGAUUAUAUUUUAGUAAAUUUAUAUUUCAGUACAGUUAUUACAGGUGUAUUGUCAAUUCAUUUUACUAUAUAUUUUGAAAGAAGUACGGCUAAUGUUAAAGAUAUACGACUAAUAUUAUAUAUAUGAAACAAGGAUAACAAAUAAUUGAAAGUUAUAAUGACAAUCAAAAGGCUCUAUUUAUAAAAAAAAAAUAUUAUUCAAAUUAAUGACAUCAAGAUUUAUUGUGUAGGUACCUACUUAUUUAAUUUCAAUUAAAGUAAUCUCAAUUUAUAGUUACCGAUUGUACAGUAAGUUCAAAUAUCUAAAGUAAAUGCAAGCAAUUUGCGAUUCGCAUUUUGUGUAAUCAUAUUAUUUAUAAUGUAAUUAAUAUUAACAUACAGUUUGUGAUUUAGAUUAGUAUUAAGAUCUUGAAAUAUAUUAUUAUACAAAUUUAAGGAACGACGUGGCAAAAAUACUGAAAAUAUUUACUAUUAUA